CUCGGGGUGGGGCCGGGGACGCCGGAAGCGUCGUGCGGCUGUACGCUCCGAGCCGCGCGUCGUGCGACCAUGGCGGUUCAGGCGAAGCGCCGGCGGGUGACCAGGCCUGUGGGCAGCGGCAGCGACGACAACGACCUGGACCCGAACCCGGACCCGGUGGCCAGCUUCCUGAGCUGGUGCCGGCGCGUGGGGCUGGACCUGAGUCCUAAAGUGGCGGUGAGCCGGCAGGGCACCGUGGCCGGCUACGGCAUGGUGGCCCGGGAGAGCAUACAGCCGGGGGAACUGCUGUUCGCGGUGCCGCGGGCCGCGCUCCUGUCGCAGUACACCUGCUCGAUCAGCGGCCUGCUGGAGCGAGAGCGAGGCGCACUUCAGAGCCAGUCGGGCUGGGUGCCACUGCUGCUGGCGCUGCUCCACGAGCUGCAGGCCCCGGCCUCACCCUGGAGUCCCUACUUCGCGCUCUGGCCUGAUUUGGGCCGCUUGGAGCACCCCAUGUUCUGGCCCGAGGAGGAGCGCCGGCGGUUGCUGCAAGGCACAGGGGUACCCGAGGCGGUGGAGAAGGAUUUGGCUAACAUCCGCAGCGAGUACUACUCCGUCGUUCUGCCCUUCAUGGAAGCCCACCCUGACCUGUUCAGCCCCAGGGUUCGCUCCCUGGAGCUCUACCACCAGCUUGUGGCCCUCGUGAUGGCCUACAGCUUUCAGGAACCACUGGAGGAUGAUGAUGAUGAAAAGGAGCCAAAUCCUCCUUUGAUGGUGCCUGCUGCAGACAUCCUAAACCACUUAGCUAAUCACAAUGCCAAUCUAGAAUACUCCCCGAAUUGUCUUCGGAUGGUGGCUACUCAACCCAUUCCUACAGGCCAUGAAAUUUUCAACACUUACGGGAAAAUGGCUAAUUGGCAGCUGAUUCAUAUGUACGGUUUUGUUGAACCAUACCCUGACAACACAGAUGACACAGCUGACAUUCAGAUGGUGACAGUUCGUGAGGCAGCUUUACAGGGAGCAAAAGGGGAAGCUGCAAGGCUUCUGCUGCAGGAGCGCUGGGAUUACUUAUGCAGCCUGGAGAUGGUAGGGGAGGAGGGAGCCUUUGUGAUUGGGCGGGAAGAGGUGCUGACCGAAGAGGAACUGACUACCACACUGAAGGUGCUGUGCAUGCCUGCUGAGGAGUUCAGAGAGGUUCAAGACCAGGACGGAUGGGGAGAUGAGGAAAGGGAAGAGGACAGCCUGACAAUCACAAAUAUCCCCAAGCUCAAAGAAUCCUGGAGGCAGCUGCUACGGGACAGUGUUCUGUUGACCCUGCAGACCUACGCCACAGACUUAAAAACUGAGCAAGAUUUGCUCAGUAAUGAGGAGGUGUACACCAAACUCAGCUGGAGGGAACGACAGGCCUUACAGGUUCGCUACGGCCAGAAGAUGAUCUUACACCAGUUGCUGGAACUGACAAGUUAAGCUAAAUUCCCUGUGCCUGGAACAUCCAUCCAUGAGACAUCCAUGAGGAGAACUUGAUUCUAAUCUGAUAUUCACUGAUGCUCAAAAAGGAGGACAUUCUGGAUCUUUAGAUUUGCUUCUUUCUUAUUAAAUACCAGAAGAAAAAGGAACAAAAGUGUCUAAGAUGAACUCUGAGGUAAGGGGACACGUUUAAGGGUUGGGGACAGCAGACUUGGGGAUUGCUGAUUGUCACCAAAACUAAUACCUGCUUUUUAAAUUAUUACCAUUGUUGUCAUUUAAAAACACUUAUUUUUUAAAAUCAAUAUUUUAUAGUUGUUUUGUUUUCAGUUUGCACCAAGGUCAGCAGCAGUGUGACUCGGACUGUAAAAGGUCUUAUUGUCAUCUAGUGUUUGAUAGCAUGGACUUUGAAAGGAGACCUGGCGCUUUACUUUCUUUAAAACAAACUUUGUUUCCCUCCUGUUAGAGGAUGGAGUAAGUAAGCCAUGCCACUGGCACUUAGGGCAUCUGUUCUGACCCCUCAGCAGUCUGAAGUCUGCUCUAGGGGGCACCCCUCUCCUGCAGGGAAGGAAGCGCACGACACCAGUGACAUUAAAGCCUCACUUCAUGUGAUACAUUCUGUUUAACCCUGGACAUUUGUCCUCUCUGGCUAUAAACCUUGACAGCCAUUAAAGGUGUGAAGUAUAUUGUAAGUGAGAUAAGCUUUAAAUAUAUACCUAUUCCUUUCUUUUAAAAAUAGAGGGCAUUUUGUAAAACUGUUAGAGCAGGUUUCUAUGGUUAAUUUUCUGCUGUUGAAAAGAAACAGGAAAACACUACAUAAAAAAAAAAAAAAAAAAAGAAAUCACUUGUUUGAACAUGCCAGAUGUCCAAUAGUGGGAAAGAGCUACCAUUCAGCAAGAAGCUGGUGGUUCCCAAAGACCUCGGGCUUUGCAGGGGUGGGCUGUCCACUUUCCUCCUCACCUCCAGCACUGGCUGCUGCUACUGAGAAAAGGCACAGUGGACUCACGUGUGUGUCAUGACUUUAAUGUUGCAUUGACUACAGUAUGCAUACACAUACAAGAAGGAGGGGAGCUAAAGCCCAGGAACUAAAAAGGCUACAAAAUACAACACGGACCAAUACAUUUACAAAACACUCAAAAUCCUUACAAAAGGGACUGACAGUAUUGGUCCUUUUGACUUUUUGUUGGUAUUCAUUCAACUUAGCCUGGGAUAAAAGGGGAGGGUAGUUCAUACUAUUGGUUCCCUUUCCUCAGUUUACAGUUAACAGGAGAGGUGGGGGAGCUUUAGGCCUGCUCUGGUUUCCCUUUAUAAAAAGGGGAUGCUCUCCAGCAGAAAAUGAGAACAUGGUGCUUUCCAGCAGUUAGCUUUAAAUUUGGAGAAGGGACAAAGCAAAA